CAAAAGCAGCGAUGCCCGGUGCUGGAGGAGCAGCUGGUGGACCUGGUGGUGUACGCCAUGGAGCGCUCUGAGACAGAGGAACACUUUGAUGCUGACGUCGGAGGAACGAGCCAGCUGCUGUGGCAGCACCUCUCCUCCCAGCUCAUCUUCUUCGUGUUGUUACAGUCCGCCAGCUUUCCGCACAUGGUGCUCUCAUUACACCAGAAGCUUGCAGGUAGAGGCCUUAUUAAAGGGAGAGAUCACCUGAUGUGGGUCCUGCUGCAGUUUAUAUCGGGUAGCAUCCAAAAAAAUGCCCUAGCUGACUUCUUGCCAGUCAUGAAGCUUUUUGACCUGCUUUACCCAGAAAAAGAGUGUAUUCCAGUUCCUGACAUUAACAAGCCUCAGUCGACCCAUUCCUUUGCCAUGACUUGCAUCUGGAUCCAUCUGAACCGCAAAGCUCAGAAUGACAACUCCAAACUACAGAGGCCCAUACCUCACUCUCUGAAACUACACCAUGAGUUUCUCCAGCAGUCCCUUCGUACGAAGACACUGGGCAUGUCUGAUUAUAAGAUUGCCCUGCUUUGUAACGCCUACAGCACCAACUCUGAGUGCUUCAGUCUGCCUAUGGGUGCCCUGGUAGAGACCAUCUACGGGAAUGGGACUUUGAAGAUCAACCUGCCCGGCACCAACUGCAUAGCGUCGGGAUCAGUCACUCCUCUGCCCAUGAACCUGCUGGAUUCACUCACUGUGCAUGCAAAGAUGAGUCUGAUCCGCAGCAUCGCCACUCGUGUCAUCAAGUUGGCCCAUGCCAAGUCCAGCAUUGCCCUGGCCCCCGCGCUGGUAGAAACAUACAGCCGGCUGCUGGUUUACAUGGAGAUCGAAUCACUGGGCAUCAAAGAAUUUAUCAUGAUAAUGGAAAACGCGAGGAGAAUUUCUUAUGACACAGCUUUCAUGUUAAAAGCGAUCAAUCAGCUGUCGAGGAGGAAACAGAGCUGCAGCCCGUAA